AUGACGCCUGAGGAACAGGCAAAGUUCGCAGGCGAGAUCAGAAGAUUUUCCCCGAGGGAAAUCGACCGUCUGCAUCGUGUGCUUUUCCGCCUCCAUGAGGAGUCAGUUGACUUCUCUCUCACCAUUAUCAAGAACGAAUACAGAGCGGUAUGUCUGGAAGAUCGAUAUCAUACCACCGCCGAUGACCCCUGCCUACGAUGGCUUCUCAGCCUCCUUGAAACCGACCCCGAAAGUCCGCUGAAUGAGAAAUUUCUCGACAUAUUGGAAGAGGCGCACAUAAUUUUGACUGCAGAUGGAACUACAACUGAUGGUGGCACUGAGUAUGAAGGAGCGGGGCGAACAGAAACAGUUGAAGAUACUCAUGCCGUACAAGAUCGAUUAGAUUCACCAGAUUCACUCGAUGAAAAUGAUCCUUUGUGGAGGCAAGCCGUCGCACUGGACAAUCGAAAAUUGACAUCUCAGGCACUAGAGCAAUGGCGACACAAGCUGUACCUCAAAAGAGAAGCAUAUAUGAAUCAAGAAGACCCGGCCAUGAAUGCACUCGCAGACAGCAUCCACCGACGCAACUUGGCAAGGAAAGCUAUUUCCCAUUGGCGUAACACUGUCAAAGAAAUACAGGUAAUGGACAGAGCUGCAGACGAGUUCCGCGCGAGGCGCGAUGCUGCAUGUGCCCUUAGGCAGUGGACUUUAGCGGCCCGGGAAAGGCUAUUUGCUCGAGUCAGAGACGAACGGCUGCUUUGCAAAACAUUUCAAAAGUGGCGGGAGAAGACUGGAGACAUCGACGAAUUGAACGCAGCUGCCGACGAGUUUCGCAAUCAUCAAGCCCUGCGGAACACCCUACGGAAGAUGAUGGCCAAGAUCGAUCAAAUUAAACAAGCUGAGACCCAAGCUGACCUUGUUUCCAAAGGUAAUUUGGUACGAAAGGCGUUCAACAAAUGGCUGGUGCAAUUGGAAAAUAUACAACUGAACGAACGAAGAGCAGAAGCAGCAGCGGAAUAUUUUGCAAGCAAGCAUGCACUUCAGGACUGGCGCGAAAAGACUCGACUUGUCCGGAUGGAGAAAGAAGGCAGACGAAUACGCGAACAACAUUUGGCCGUUGAAUAUCUUCGAAAAUGGAGGGCGUUGGUGAAAAGAAGCAAGGAUGCGAAGUACAAUGAAGCGUACAAGGUUAUAAGACGAAGGGUGAAGAUGAAUAUCGCGCGCGCGGCUCUCCACUCCUGGCGAGAGAAGACCGCGCGUAUUCGAGGGAUGAAAAUGGCGGCCGAUGAAUUCCGAGCACGUAAAGAUGCAGAGAAUGCAAGGCGAAUGGCACACGGUGCCAUCGUUGUAAUGUAUAACAGGACCGAACAGAUGCAAGAAGCAAAGCAGCAGGCAAAUCUCUUCUUCAACAAGCAUCUUAUGGAACGCCUACAAAUCUUCGGCUCAAAUUGGCUAGUUCCAACCCGACAAAUCCUUGAAAGUCAGAAGAAGGCUGAUGAAUACCGUGCUACUCGGACUGCGAGUUACGCGUUGUCGAUAUUGAGAAGCUGGAGAAAUGUGGCUUUCAGGGCCAAGAGAUUAGAGGAAGAUGCUGAUGUGGUAUUUCAACGGAAUGAAAGGAAAAGGGCUCUGGGUUUCCUGCAGAAAUGGAGAAGGGCUGUCAACACAGGCGAUGAAGAGGGAGAAGACAGAGAAGAACGCUUGAUUCCUACGACACCUGCUGCGAGAAGGAGUCAAUUAUUGGCUUCUACCACGCCAGUGUAUACACCAGCUCCUGGUUUAUUCGGCCCCGAUCGUGUUGUUGAAGUCGUUGAUGAAUGA